UGUAUUGAUAAUAAUAGCUUGCCAGGUGUAAGUGGGCUAUCAACCGAACAGCGCAAGAGACUAACUAUUGCGGUUGAGCUGGUGGCAAACCCUUCAAUAAUAUUUAUGGACGAGCCAACGUCAGGGCUGGAUGCAAGAGCUGCUGCAAUCGUUAUGAGGACAGUGAGAAAUACAGUAAACACAGGAAGAACAGUUGUUUGCACCAUCCAUCAGCCAAGCAUAGACAUAUUUGAAGCUUUUGAUGAGUUAUUACUGAUGAAACAAGGAGGACUAGAGCUUUAUGUUGGACCAGUGGGACAGAAUUCUUGCGAUCUAAUCAAGUAUUUUGAGGAAAUAGAAGGAACAAGUAAAAUCAGGGAGGGAUAUAAUCCAGCCACAUGGAUGUUUGAAGUUACUAGUUCUAAGCAAGAAAUGCUUCUCGGGCUUGAUUUCACUGAGGUCUAUAAGAAUUCAGCUCUGUACUGAAGAAACAAAGCUCUAAUCAAAGAAUUAAGUUCCCCUCAUCAGGGGUCGAGGGAACUAUGCUUCCCCACUCACUACUCUCAACCAUUCUGCAAUCAAUUCAUGACUUGCCUAUGGAAACAGAGAGCAUCAUACUGGCGGAAUCCUCCCUACACUGGAGUCAGAUUCCUCUUCACAACUUUCAUCGCUUUGAUGUUUGGAGAACUCGACAGGAUCUCUUCAAUUCGAUGGGGUCUAUGUAUUCUGCAGUCGUGUUCAUUGGAAUCCAAAAUACCAUAAUUGUGCAGCCAGUAGUGGCUGUGGAGCGAACAGUGUUUUACAGAGAAAGAGCUGCUGGAAUGUACUCGUCCAUUGCAUACGCGUUGGCUCAGGUUGUGGUAGAAGUACCACACGUUCUUGUGCAGACGGUGGUAUAUGGUGCUAUAGUCUACUCAAUGAUCGGAUUUGAAUGGAGUGGAGCAAAAUUCUUCUGGUACCUGUUGUUCAUGUUUGCCACUUUGUUAUACUACACCUUCUACGGCAUGAUGACUGUGGCUCUCACUCCCAACCUAAGCCUAGCUACUAUUCUGGCGGGAUCAUUGUUUGGAAUAUGGAAUUUAUUUUCAGGAUUCGUUAUCCCUGUAACACCCUGUAGCGUGGAGAUGGUAUUACUGGGCAUGCCCUGUAGCGUGGAGCCUGUAUGGAAUGCUGGCUUCGCAAUAUGGUGAUGUUAAGGACAAGCUGGAGGAUUUGGACUUGAGUGUUGAAGAAUUUGUCAAGAGUUAUUCUGGAUAUCAUCAUGACUUUGUAGGAGUUGUUGCUGCUGUUGUAUUGGGUUAUGCACUUGUGUUCGCGUCCAUUUUUGCCUUGUCGAUCAGAUAUUUAUUAUACAUGAAUAUUUUUGUAUUGUUAUAAUAUAUUUAAUGACAUUUAUUGCUUUUAAAUUGA